AUGGCUUCCUCUUCUUCGUCUUUCUCUCCGAUGGAGAUGAAUAAAGGAGGAUGCGUAAACUGGGUUGAGCUUCCACCGGAGCUGACGACAUCGAUUCUUCACCUGCUUGGUGCGGUUGAGAUAGUGAAAACCGCUCGAAAAGUUUGCAGAUCGUGGCGUCGCCUCUGUAAAGACCCUUCGACGUGGAGCAAAAUUGUCAUGCAUAGUGAAGAAGUUGGAGACAGGAACUACGAGAAACUGUGCAGCCACUUAGUUCGUCGUAGCCAAGGAGGUUUGGUUGAGAUCGAUAUCUCGCGCUUCGGUACUGAUCCCCUCCUCCGUUACAUCGCCGACAAGAGUUCUCGUCAUCUGAGAAUCCUUAGAAUCUCAUUCUGCUAUCAAGUAACAGACGGGGGACUUGUAGCAGCGGUUUCGAGACUUCCUUUACUCGAAGAACUCGAGGUUUCACACUGCUCAUUAUCAGAAGAAUGUCGUCUGAGAGUUGUAGGCCAGUCUUGUCCAAAUCUCAAGACUUUUAAGAAAAACGGCUCUGGUUUCAGGGGUCCUCGACACGAGUUUGAUGAUGUUUUUGCUCUUGCAAUCGCUGAAACAAUGCCCCGACUUUGCCACCUGGAGCUUGUCGGGGACAGAUUAUCAGACGUUGGUCUAAAAGCUAUUCUUAACGGUUGUCCUAACCUGGAACAUCUUGAUUUACAUAAGUGUUUCAACGUUGAACUUGUUGGAGAUUUGGAGACGAGGUGUAUCGAGAGGAUCAAAGUUGUGAGACGCCCUAAUGACUCGAUUCAUGAUCACCCAUCCGAUGCAAGACACGUGGCGAGUGCUGAGGGGGUUGUUAUUAUGGGCCGUUAGAGUUUGUUGGAGAGAUACCAACAAUGACUAAUGGUGGGAUUCUUCUGUAAUUCUCAGUUUGGAAUAUUCAUAUAUAUUGUGUGAAAGUUGUUCUUAAUCUACCAAUCUUCUGCUUAUAAAUAAACGUUUCUGUGUUUACAUUGAUUCGUUGUAUAAGACUAACCUUAUGGCUUCUCCGAUGCUGAUAUUAUGUCAGCAGAUGAGUUGUAUUAUGAAUUUAUG